GGCCCGGGCAGCAGGGGUGCUUGCGCCGCUACUCCCAGCCAGAGAGAGCUGUCGGAGCGCAGGGACCACAGCCGCCGCCACCGCCCUGGGAGGACGCGGCUGCCGCGCUCGCCUGCCGGGCCGGCCGCGGCGCCGCCCGCUCCCUGCAGCCUGUGCUGCAGCUGCUGGCCACCGGAGGGGGCAAACAAACGUCAACCUGUUGUUUGUCCCGUCACCGUGUAUCAACUCCGAGCACCAGCACAAGGAAGUGCGGCACGCACACGCGCUCGGAAAGUUCAGCAUGCAGGAAGUUUGGGGCGAGCUCGGCGACUAGCAAGGCGGCCCGGGCCAGCGCGCGGCGAGCGCAGGCGGCGAGGGGCACGGCGGCGCGGCGUCCGUCCCAGGAGCGGAACCCGGCUUUUUCAGGGAGCGACACUGACCCGAGGUCGCCAAUCCCAAAUGCACCGGCUCAUCCUCGUCUACACUCUAGUCUGCGGAAACUUCUGCAGCUCUCGGGACACUUCGGCCACCCCGCAGAGCGCAUCCAUCAAAGCUUUGCGCAACGCCAAUCUCCGGCGAGAUGAGAGCAAUCACCUCACAGACUUGUACCGAAAAGAUGAGACCAUCCAGGUGACAGGAAAUGGCCAUGUGCAGAGUCCUCGCUUCCCGAACAGCUACCCCAGGAACCUGCUUCUGACGUGGAGGCUCCACUCCCAGGAGAAAACAAGGAUACAACUAGCGUUUGACCAUCAGUUUGGAUUAGAGGAGGCAGAAAAUGAUAUCUGUAGGUAUGAUUUUGUGGAAGUUGAAGAUAUAUCUGAGACAAGUACCGUUAUUAGAGGACGAUGGUGUGGACACAAGGAAGUUCCUCCAAGGAUAACAUCAAGAACAAACCAAAUUAAAAUAACGUUCAAGUCUGAUGACUACUUUGUGGCUAAACCUGGGUUCAAGAUUUAUUAUUCUUUUGUGGAAGAUUUCCAGCCUGCAGCAGCCUCAGAGACCAACUGGGAAUCAGUCACAAGCUCUAUCUCAGGGGUAUCCUAUCACAAUCCAUCAGUAACGGAUCCCACUCUCACUGCGGAUGCUUUGGACAAAACAAUUGCAGAAUUUGAUACUGUGGAAGAUCUGCUUAAGCAUUUCAAUCCAGAGUCAUGGCAAGAAGAUCUUGAGAACUUGUACUUGGACACCCCUCAUUAUCGAGGCAGGUCAUACCAUGAUCGCAAGUCAAAAGGCAUCGCAUCAUUGAUGUGAAGUGUUUAGCUGAGAUAUGGCUUGUUGGUGGUACCAUCUAGAUCUCUGGCACUUUUAGUUGUUCGGGAAUGGUUGGUCAGCUGCAACUUCUUAGAAGUCUGAAAUAUGCAUUCCUUGUCCUUUAUUUACCUGAGAUGCAUCCCUGCCUUAAGCAAAGUUAGGAGUACUUGGGACAUCACAGCACAGUCUGUUCUACUACAAGAGUAUACUUCAAAAAGUCCAUGGAGACUUGGAUGAACAGGUAACUUCAUUUUGGUGUAGAACAUGUUUUAAAUCAAUGCACAGUUUCUUUAUAAAAUACAUUUCCAUGCCAUUUUAAAGACCCCUAUUAUGCAUAGAUUCCAAAAAAAUUUUGUGCCAAACUAAAAUUAUUUUCAAGACCUUUUCCAAGUACGCUUUUAUUGUUAUUGUUCCUUUGUGUUUUCUCAAAGGAGAUAUGAGAUUCCAGGACCUCCUAAGGGUCUCAACUCUGGCUGAGUUUUUAAAAAUUACUGGGAGAACGUAGAAAAUCACAGUUGUCAAGACCCCAACAGACACAUUGAUGCAGGAUCUCUGGGGGUGGGCAGGGGUCUUCAUGUAAUUUUAUGACUCCUCUGAAAUCAGUCCUUAGAAGCAGCCAGGGUUGAGAAUCACUGUUUUAGAGAUUGUUCAUGCUGUAACUCCAGCACUUGGCAGUGUCCCACACACACUUUUAGAUGUGUUGUCGCUCCCCGUCUUCGUGGAGGAAUGACACAGGACCCUGCGCUGUUCUUUCGUCUGCUCGGCCCUCCCCGGGUUUGCUGCUGGUUCUUCCCGGGUUGGCUACCAUCCCUUCCACCUCCGUGGAAGGGCGGUUCCCCCUGCCACUUUCCCCACUUCCGCGGGGGAGCGGCACACCGCCGGCCGGCUCUCUCGGGGGCUGCACAGGUGUUCCUUCAGAUAGAUGUUCCUGGUGCAUGUUGUCUCUCUCCUCCUUUAUAGUCCUCUUCUGCCAAUCCCAACUCGGCUGCCCACACGCCGAGUACGCUGCUCUCCUCCAAUCAGGAGCAGGAUCAGCUCCUGGAGGUCAUCACUCAAGUUGGCAAGAGGCAGCUGCGUAGAAGCUGUUUCCUCCUCUCCCAGCGCCAUAUUGUGGGAGAGCAGAUGCAUAGAAUAAGUCUUAAUUCCAGUAACUUAGUCUAGUCCGAGUUGCUCCCCACAAUGUGUGAUUAAUAUUUGUGAAAUUAAAGAAAUUAUUAAUCCGGCAUCAGUAUAUUUCUAAAGAAACUCACCCCACAGAUAGGAGUGUAGGUUUAUUAAGAAUGCCUUUGGUUACUAAAAUAACCUUGUAAGAGCAUUGGAGACAAGGUACUGCUUGAUGUUUGUGACAGAGUAAACAUCAGUUCUCUCCCCUAUUGGCUUAGGUUCCAUUUCUUAAUCUCUUGUUUAAAGUGGCCCUAAGGCAUAUUUGUUCCAUUUCAUUUCCCCUGCCAAGUCACCACUGUCUUUGCAUUUGUAUAAAUGCACUGAUUUCCUUGUUUGUUGUUCCAAGAAUGCUGAACCACCUGCAUGUGUCACAAAAGCAAGGAAAGUCUGCCUUAAUAUUUCAGCUGCUUUUAGAAUUUAAGACCACAAAUGCAUGGCUUACAUCCUGAUAUGUGAGGAAGGGAGCAGUGAAUAAAAAUCAAAACAGGAAAAUAUAUAAUGGAUAAUGGAAGCCCACAGGUAUUAAAUAAAACAUUAACUUUCUAAGACCUCCAAACAAGUCUUCUCUCAUCAGUAUCAUAAUUUCUGUGGUGUAGAAAUAUGCUUGUCAUUUUUGAACUUUAAUUGAGAAUCCAUUCUUUCGAUUUUCCUAGACAGAUAGCAAGUGACAUUGUUUUAUGAUUCUGAAGUGCAGGAUUCUAAGAUUCUAAGAUAACAUUUGAAUGUAAAUAUGCAAAACAGAGUUUUAUAGACAAACACAAACAUUCUGGGUGGAGUACUAUGUGAUAAAACAACAAUAGUUAAUAUUUUAAAUAGUUAAUAUUUUAAAAUUAAAUAUUAUGUUUUGCUUCCACAUUAUAUGUGGUAGGCAGUGAUAGUGAGGUUUUAGUUCUCUUCAAGAAGACCUGGAAAUGGACAGCAAGAAUAAAAUGAAAGUUUGGGGAGAAGAGAAAAAGAGAAAAGGGAGACAGAUAGCAGUGUUGAAACGAGGAGUUUGAUGCAUGAAGUCUUUUUGCUAAAAAAUCCAUGAGUAAGAGAUAAGCUCAGCCUUGUCAGUGAAAGCUUCUGGACUGAAGAUAAUACAACAAGUUAAUAUAACCAGCUUUCUGUUUCCUAGGGGGUGGCAUAUAUAAUUGAAAUCUGUAGAUAAUAUAGUUCCAAACCCAAUUUUUACCAAUAAUUUUAGCCUUCUUCUUUCAAUGUCAAAGAUGCUCAAAAGUUAAAAAAAAGUUUUCAGUUCAUUUUAUUAACUUUUCUCUGAUGUAUAUGCAAAUGUGUCCAAAAUUGAGUAAAAUUACACGGCUGUACCUUCUAUAAGCUACAUAAUUACCACCUAAAUUAUUACAUGACUACUGCAGUUCAGUUAAAACUAAUUUAUAAUUCAUUUAAAAGAUAUCAUCUAUGAAGUUAGGAAUAGUGUAUAUUUAUUAAAGUUUAUAACAUAAACUUAACCUUUCUAAAUUAAGAAAUGAUCAGCCCCAAGCUCUAUUAGACUGGACACUGAGAGAUGAUUUGUGAGAUUAACAAAGUAAGUAAAAUCUUUUUUUCUUAUUUGAGGAGAACUUGAGUUUCCAGAACUGUAAUGUGUUAACCAAGGAAAAAUCCAACACAUAAUGGCAAGGCGAGAAGCCUGUUUUCAUCAUUUAAAUGUGAUUAGAAUAUGAACAAUGGAGCUGACAUUAGGCAUAGCAAUGUGUCUUGGGACAUUCAUAUCGCAUAUAGGAGUGCCUAGGUUCAAGUUCAGCUUUCCACCAAUGCACACCUUGGAUAAAGCAGGUGAUGGCCCAAACAGUUGGACCUCUGCCACCCACAUGGCAGAUCCACACUGAAUUUCCAGUUCCCAGCUUCAGCCUGGGCUACUGCUACUAUCUGGGGAGUGAAACAGUGGGUAGGAGAUCUCUGUGUCUCUCAUUGCUUAUUUUCUCUCUGUGUGUGUCUUUUUUUUAAAUAUUAAAUGUUUAUUUAUUGUUGUAUCACUAAACUCUAAUAUACUAUAUCAUCACAAAUAAAUAAAUAAGGUUUUGUUGAAUGAAUUAAUGAAUAAUCUUUGACAAAUCAAAUAAUAUUUGAAACCAUAAUCACCCCCCCACUCAAGUUUCAAAUUAUUUUUUUGAAAUUUACUCAUUGAGAAAUUUAAGAUAUUGAUGUCAUCAAAUGGUACAAAAUUUGCAACUACAGGUGCUCCAUGAUUUAUGAAGGCAUGUGUCCUAAAAAUAUCUGUCUUAGGUUGAAAUUAUCAUUGUCAAAAAUGGACUACUACCUCUACCCUACCAAACAUGCCAUCUUCACAACACUGCAGAGCGCUGGUUGUUCCCCCUGUGAUCACAGCUGACUGGGAUCAUUGCUUGUAGCAGCUGCCCAGCAUCACAAGAAGAGUAUUGGAAUGGGGAAAGAUCAAAAUUAAAAAUGUGAAGCACAAUUUCUACUGAAUAAGUGUUACUUUCAAACCAUUGAAAAAUUAAAAAAAAAUUGUAAGUGGAACAUAACAAGGGAUCAUCUGUAAUUGAGAUACUACACAUAAUUUUUGCAUGUCAAUUUCAAUGGCUCCUUACAGUUUAUCUUUUAGGCUAUACAUCCUAGAUUUAGAUAAAACUUAUUCAUCUGUUUCUGGUAAUACUGUUUUAAAAAUAUUUUACUAUCAAUAAUUGUACAUAUUUAUGGGCUACAGUGUGAUAUUUUAAUAACAGUGUACACUGAUCAAAUCAGGGCAAUCAGCAUUUCCCUGCCUUUGACACUAAUUUAUAAUUGGAAGGUUGGAGCUUUUUUCUUCUUUUUGGUCAUACCAUAUCUACUAAGUAUUGUAGAAUAUAAAAUUUCUCCAUUAUGCUGUGUAGUACUGGGAUCUUAUCCUUUCAAUCUUACACUGAUUUGGUAACCAUUAUCAAAACUGCCUCUAUCCCCCUCCCUAUUCCUAUGAAUCAGUGUUCUCAACAUUUUGUGUUCAGAUUGAAGCUUUUUGUUUCUUUGUUUUGUUUUAGCUUCCACUUAUAAAAGAGAACAUACAACAUUUUUCUUGCUGUGUCUGGAUUAUUUCACUCAAGAAGAUAUCUUCUAGUUCUAUUGAUAUUGCUGCAAAUGACACAAUUUCAUUCUUUUAUGACUGAAUAGUAUUCUAUGGUGAAUAUUUACAUGACAUUCUCUAUAUGCAUUCAUCUAAUGAUGAACACCUUGAUGGAUUCCAUAUCUUGUCCAUUGUGUACAGUGCUUCAGUAAACAUGGAGAAAUGAUAUGUCUUUGAUAACAAUGAUUUCAUGACUUUUGGAUUUAUUUCAAGCAGUAGGAUUACUGGAUCAUGUAGCUGUUCUUAUUGUAAUGUUAUUAUGAAAACUUCAUGCUGUUUUCUAUAGCGGCUAUACUAAUUUAUAUCCCCACAAUCUGUGUUUAAGAAUUCCACUUUCUCUACAUACUCACCAGCAUUUGUUACAUACUGCCUUCAAAUAAAUAAAAAUUUUAAGUGGAGUAAAAUGUAAUAAAAGUUCAGGGCAUUUAAAUUAAUAAAGUUGCACUAUUACUAAAAAUCUAUUUUUCCAAAGUAUUGCCCUUUUAGUUAUACAUUCCAAAAUUACAUGUGUUAUAUCUUAAUGUUAGCCGUCGCAAAGCACACUGGACACCAGAGUAAGGGAAAGGGUUUAUUGGGGAACACCCUACAGACCAGAGUGAAGGGGCGGCGAAGGAAAAAGAGAGAAGGAGACUAUAAGAGAGACAGACAGAGGAGGGAGAAGAGAGAGGAGAGAAGCCAAGAGAGGCCAAGAGAGCACGGGAGAGAAGGACCGAGAGAGCACGUGUGCAGGAACAGGCCCUCUUAAAACUUUGCCUGAGGGUGGGCAGGGAAGCAGGAGCAUCGAAUCCCAUUAGGAUGGGGGUGGACCCUGGCUCAGGUAGCUGGGCCAUGUGGCCACCUGGCUACAACUGCGCCAGUUUCCUAACAUUCCCCCCUUUUGUUUUUUAUAAAGCAAGGUUUGUAUGGGAUUACAUUAGUCCCAAAAGUCCAAGAGGGGUAGAGGGACGAUGAUCCGUCUUUAGAGCUACUUCCUGCUGACAUGGGGCGAUGAUGUACUCUUCGCUGGCAUGGGGCGAUGUCUCAAGUUGCUGUCUCCUGGGUGGGGAGCCGAGUAUAUCCCUGUAGCAGCAUUUGGUUGACCGCCUGGUUGUUGAAGGCCUUUGUUUGUUCCAUUAUAGCCUGCUAUAAACACUUAGACACUGUAGUAUAAAAGACAGGGUGAGAACAGUAACCAAUGAUCCUAAGAGCAUUAACCAGGUAAUAAGAGGAUUUUAUAGAGAGGAAAUGGAGGGGGUCUCUGGACCUUGUGGGGAAAGUUUGAUGGAUGUAGCUUAAAGCUGAUUCUAGCCAAGACUGGGAGAAAGGCCACUAACUUUUGCAGGUAGUAGGGUUUGUCUGUAGAGAAAUUCUGAACAAUCAUACAACAUGAAGUGGGGAAGAGGACCAUCAGUUCACACAGCUUGGGAGUAGAGCCAUUGGUGGUAGAGUAGAGGCUAUGAUUACAAAGGAAUGAUGCUCAAGUGGGCUAGAUACAGAGGACAGAGUUGUUAUUAGAGAACCUAAGAAAGGUGCUAUCUGAGCUACAAUUAAGUUUUCUGAUUGAGAGGCAAAUAGAACCUGACAGAAGGGGCUUGAUAAUAAUCAGGUGGGCUUUAAAGCCUUGUAAAUUAUGAGGCCCAGACGUAUCUAUCUCUUCAUGGGGUACAUCCUACAGGAGGUGUGAACCUCCUUGGGGAAGGCACCCUGUUGAGUUCCAUUACCUAGCUGGCCUGGGAGGAGAGCUGGCUAGGUAAAGGCAAGUGGCAACUCCAACAGGAAAUAUACAGCUCUGCCUGCAAUGUUACUGACCCUACUUGGCCAUUUCCUCAGUUGCAGUGGUCACUUUGAAAGCUGGGCCAAGUGAAGGGCUUUUCGGCUUAGAGCCAAUAAGAUCUGUGGUUCUGACCUGGGCAUCCUUCGACUCCAGGGCAGGUCCAUUUCCAGUGAUCCAACUCUUGGCAGAGCUGCCAGGGCUCUUCACAAGCUGACCUCUGCUGAAGCCCAGGCUUUCCACACUGAAAGCUACUGCAGUAGACUGGCCUGUUGGGUCUCCUUGAGGGCAGAUCACUGUACAGAACAGCCAUUAAUAGGCCUGCCACCCACUGCUUCUGAUGCCUAGCUUUCUUUUCCUCCUGGUUUUUGUUAAAGCAGACCAGAGGAUGCAAGUCAAGGGGGUGCUCAAGUCCCAUCUCUAAUCUUCAGUGGCCUAAACUAGAAGUCUGUAGUCACAGGCAUGUUCUGUAGUAGUUUAUGUUGAGGCAGACAAUGCCCAUGAGGAAAUCUAUAUUCUCACUUUAAAACUUUCUUUCCCUUUGUUCUGAAAGGGAGGCUUUCCUGUAUACUGUUUACCUUGCUGAUGGCGAAGUAAAUCUAACUAAGAAAUUAUAAUUUAAGCUCUUAUUUUGGCUAUGCUAUUACAGAAAAAUGUUAGCCAUCUCUUUUGUAAAAUCUAAAAUCAAAUUUUGAAUCUUGGAGAUUCCUUCAUAAUAGAAUUAGUUUCCUACCUAGAAGAGAACAGAGAAAUGAAAGAACAAGUUGGGCUUAGAAUAGAGAAAUGGGGGAGCAAGUCCCAGAUCUCUUACUGACAACAGCAAUAUCACAUGAAAACUUAGAAAGCAGUUUUAACCAUUAGAUAACAACUUAAGAAAACAUUUACCAGAAGGUCCAAUGCCUUCUAUAAAUAUUAAGAAUACGUAUAUUUGGAAAUAUCUCUUAAAUAUCUAACAUGGUGUAGCUUGUUUAACCAGCAAAUUUCAGCACAAGCAUAUAAAAUGUUUCUAGUUUUUUCUACCAACACAUUUAAAGCAUAUGAUACAGAGAUUCAGGUCACACGAAUUAAAAUGUAUCUUUGAUUAAUUUUAGCAGCUUAAAUUUAUGGGCAAUCUUUUAUCUAUAAGCCAAUUAAAAUAAAACUCUUAAAUUUUCCCAUAUAGACAUACAGUAUGUAUACACAUAUAACAUAACAUAAUAGACCAAUGUAGCAGUUUUAAUAGUUUUUUUUUUUAAAUCUAACUUCUGUUUGUAAAUUACCAAUUCAUUUGAAUUGCUUUUUGUUUUAGUAACCUCAGCUAACCAUACUUUCUCACAGUUGGUACCUUUAAUAUAUUAUUGGCUUCAUCUGGUUACAGAGUCAUCCCAAAGUACUAAAUACAAUACAUGUGGCUGGAAAAAUUCCAUCAGAACCUAUAGGAGGACAGCUAAACACAGAACGAACAAUGCUUUAGUUUUAUAAGCAGCAAGUCUGAUAUACAAAACUGUGGGUGACAAAAGACUUUAAGUUGCCACAUUUAAAAUUAUAAACUCAUCAAUCAACAAGAGGCACUUGCUUACUUCACACAGUAUUUUGAGAGCACCUGUAGGAUUUUACAAAGUAUUUAACUCUUUUAGGCCUCUGAGGCUUUCUCAUUAAAAUAACCAUCAUGUCUAGUAACACAAGAAUAUUAGACUUUU